AUGGCCUGGGUGAAACUGUUCCGCCGCCAGGCGGGGGGGAACCUGGGGAAGGUCUACCAGCCGGGCAGCGUCCUCUCCUUGGCUCCCACUAAGGGCCUGUUCAACGAGCCCGGCCAGAACAGCUGCUUCCUCAACAGUGCCGUGCAGGUUUUGUGGCAGCUGGAUAUAUUUCGACGCAGUUUACGUGGACUGACUGGACAUGUUUGUUUAGGAGAAGCCUGCAUAUUUUGUGCUUUAAAGUCAUUAUUUGCACAGUUCCAAACAAGUCGGGAAAAAGUACUCCCAUCAGAUGCUAUGAGGCUUGCCCUUGCGGAGAGCUUUAAAGAUGAACACCGGUUUCAGCUU